UUUGUUUUUAGGCAAGUAAUCUGUUACCGCUUUACCGCAAACUUCUGGCGCCAAACCUUCCCGCCAUUCCCUGCCUUCUCAUCAAUAAAAGGCUCCCCAUCGCCCCACCCUAUUUCACCACUUUUUCUCCCAUUCUCUGUCUCCAAUCUUCGCAGAGAUGGUGGUGGCUUUGGGGCCGGGGAGGUUCUACGGGAGCAGCCUCCCGCGGCCGCGGUUCUACGCCGAGGUGAAGCUGAACGAGGACCGCGUCGACCCACCGGUGCGCGUCAUGGAUCCGCUGCUCUCGUGGGCUAACGAGGCCCACUGGUCCAUGGGCGGCCUCAGCUUCAAGCGCCACCGCCUCCAGGGCCGGAUCGAGGGCUCCAUCAAGAAGCUCCGCGCCCAGCAAGAGAGAAUGCACAGAAAUUCCCCUUCCAUCGACCGAAACCCGGCGACCAAGCCAAGGUUCUCCGGCCAUAAGCCCCAGUCUCUGGCCUCGCUCCGUUCCGACUCCUCCGAAUCCGAGUCUGAGGAGGAGGUGCAGAAGAAGGCAAAGGAUGUUAGCAUCGUUUCGUCGCCGUCGAUUGGGUCCGCUCAGAAGAGGAAGAGGGUGAGGAGGCUCGGAGAUGAGUUUGAUAGGAUCGCGGAACAGCAGCAGAUGGGGAAGCAGAGUGAGGCGGUGGAAAGUGUUGCAUCGAGGACACGGAGCCGGAGGCCGGACGCGGAGGGAUUGGAACUCGGUGAGGAGCCUACCGUCGCUGGGAAAGGGAGUGUGGAGAGAAGGAAGAAGGAGGCUGAUGGCGCGAAGCCGAGAAGGACUUCUCCAAGGAAGAAGCAGCUGAUAUGAUUCCUAUGUUUCUUUCUCGUCCUUUCUCUUCCUGUCUCUGUGAUGUUUUGGAUUGAAUCAACUGCAGUUUACUUGUUUGAUGUAUUGAUGCUGAGAAAGAAUGAAUUAGUUUGAUGAGGAUCGAUUUGGUCCAAGUCCUAAAACUGAAAUUAGUUUUGCUC